UCUUCUCUUUCUUUCCUUUCUCCCUUGUUUCUCUCUCCUCUCUUUGAGCCCUCUUAUCCUGGGACUCCUAAAGGCGCUUCCCCGACGGUCUGCAAGGCCCCGGGAGGGUGGCAGCCUCAGCCAGGUACACGCGGGAGACCGGAUCCCAGCUCUGGAGGAAGCUGGAGGGCAACGUGGAGGAAGCACCCCGCGCCUGCAGAGCAUGAACACCCCAGAUUUUGGCCACACCCACUCCAGGUCCAACAGACUGGCCCAAAGGAGGACAGCGCGCAGCCAGAAAGCGUGACUGUCAGGUCUGGAUAACGACUCCACAGCUCUGGUUUGUAGAGCACCGACCGUAUGCCAGGAGGAGGGCCAGCUAUGGAUGACUACAUGGAGACGCUGAAGGAUGAAGAGGAGGCCCUGUGGGAGAACGUGGAAUGCAACCGGCACAUGCUGAGCCGCUAUAUCAACCCCGCCAAGCUCACUCCCUACCUGCGCCAGUGCAAGGUCAUCGACGAGCAAGAUGAGGACGAGGUGCUCAACGCGCCCAUGCUGCCAUCCAAGAUCAACCGGGCAGGCCGACUGUUGGACAUUCUUCACACCAAGGGCCAAAGAGGCUAUGUGGUCUUCCUGGAGAGCCUGGAGUUUUACUACCCGGAACUUUACAAGCUGGUGACGGGAAAGGAGCCCACCAGGAGAUUCUCCACCAUUGUGGUGGAGGAGGGCCAUGAGGGCCUCACGCACUUCCUGAUGAACGAGGUCAUCAAGCUGCAGCAGCAGGUGAAAGCCAAGGACCUUCAGCGCUGUGAGCUGCUGGCCAAGUCCCGGCAGCUGGAGGACGAGAAGAAGCAGCUGACGCUGACCCAGGUGGAGCUGCUGACCUUCCAGGAGCGGUACUACAAGAUGAAGGAGGAGCGGGACAGCUACAACGACGAGCUGGUCAAGGUCAAGGACGACAACUACAACAUAGCCAUGCGCUACGCCCAGCUCAGCGAGGAGAAAAACAUGGCGGUGAUGAGGAGCCGCGACCUCCAGCUCGAGAUCGACCAACUCAAGCACCGAUUGAACAAGAUGGAGGAGGAAUGUAAGCUGGAAAGAAACCAGUCCCUGAAGCUCAAGAAUGACAUUGAGAACCGGCCCAAGAAGGAGCAGGUGCUGGAGCUGGAGCGGGAGAAUGAGAUGCUAAAGACCAAGAUCCAGGAGCUGCAGUCCAUCAUCCAGGCUGGCAAGCGCAGCCUCCCUGACUCAGACAAGGCCAUCUUGGACAUCCUAGAGCAUGACCGGAAGGAGGCUCUAGAGGACCGGCAGGAACUGGUCAACAAAAUUUACAACUUACAAGAGGAAGUCCGCCAGGCAGAGGAGCUACGGGACAAGUACCUGGAGGAGAAGGAAGACCUGGAACUUAAGUGUUCAACCCUGGGGAAGGACUGUGAAAUGUACAAGCACCGCAUGAACACAGUUAUGCUGCAGCUGGAGGAGGUGGAGCGGGAGCGAGACCAGGCCUUCCACUCCCGAGAUGAGGCACAGACUCAGUACUCACAGUGCUUAAUCGAGAAGGACAAGUACCGGAAGCAGAUCCGGGAGCUGGAGGAGAAGAACGAUGAGAUGCGGAUUGAGAUGGUGCGGAGGGAGGCCUGCAUCGUCAACUUGGAGAGCAAGCUCCGGCGCCUGUCCAAGGACAGCGGCAGCCUUGACCAGAGUCUGCCUAGGCACCUUCCAGCCACCAUCAUCUCACAGAACUUUGGAGACACCAGCCCCAGAACCAAUGGCCAAGAAGCCGAUGAUUCUUCAACCUCAGAAGACUCUCCCGAAGACAGCAAGUACUUUCUGCCCUACCACCCACCCCGGCGUCGGAUGAACCUAAAGGGCAUCCAGGUACCCAGGGAUAUUGUCACAAGAGACGAGUUCCUCCGAAAGCAGAAGACAGAGACCAUCAUCUACUCCCGGGAAAAGAACCCCAACACCUUUGAAUGCAUCGUCCCUGCCAACAUCGAGGCUGUAGCAGCCAAGAACAAGCACUGCCUGCUGGAGGCCGGGAUCGGCUGCGUCCGUGACCUGAUCAGAUGUAAGGUGUACCCCAUCGUGCUGCUCAUCCGAGUGAGCGAGAAGAACAUCAAACGGUUCAGGAAGCUGCUGCCACGGCCGGAGACGGAGGAGGAAUUCCUGCGAGUGUGCAGGCUCAAGGAGAAGGAGCUGGAGGCGCUGCCCUGCCUCUACGCCACCGUGGAGGCUGAGAUGUGGGGUAGCGUGGAGGAACUGCUGCGUGUCCUCAAGGACAAGAUCCUGGAGGAGCAGCGCAAGACCAUCUGGGUGGACGUGGACCAGCUGUGAGCCCAUCUGGGCGUGAGCAGUGGACGCAGAGACGGGGGCCCUGCUGGGGUGGGCAGAGCCCUCGGCAGGGCCGGCAGAGCCUCCGAGGCCAGAGCGGCGGCUGGAAGUAAACUUGGGCAGGGACAGGCGACUACCUGCGAGGGGCAAGCCUCGGAAAGCCAGAGGGGCCGCCGGCCCUAGAGGAGGCACAAAGCAUGCCUCCACACAGGC